AUGCAUACUGUAAUCAUUAUUGGGGCUGGAAUAGGCGGGUUAUUGUUUGCUCAAGGACUUUUAAAAAAUCACAGUGAAAAUAAAAUGAACUUUAAUGUUAAAAUAUUCGAGAGGGAUGCAGGACCGGAAG